AUGGCGGGGGUGGCGCGUUCCCGGUUGGCGGAGGAGCGCAAGAACUGGCGCAAGGAUAAGCCCUUCGGCUUCCAUGCACGACCAGAGACGCUCCCAGACGGGAGCACCAACCUGAUGAAGUGGAACUGCUUCAUUCCUGGCAAGCCCGGCACUGACUGGGAGGGCGGCUUCUACCCUCUGUCAAUGGAGUUUACUGAUGACUACCCCAGCAAGCCGCCAAAGUGCAAGUUCCCGGCGGCCUUCUUCCACCCCAAUAUCUACCCGUCCGGCACCGUCUGCCUCAGCAUCCUUAAUGAGGUGCGCCGUAACCCCUCAGAUAGAGCAGGAUGCCGCCUCGCGGCGUCGCCGCCCCUGCGCGGUCGGCCCGCGGCGGUGUGA